AUGUUUGCCAAGGUCGUACGCGUAUGGGCGAUUCUGUCCCUGGUGUUGGCUUUACAGCUGGCUGCCGCCCAGAGCUUCCAGGUGGUAGUGAGGAGGCAAGAUGGCGAUAGGACAGCAUCUCCCAGCAUGCUCGGUGACGUAUCGGCGUCUCCGUCGUCCAGCGGCAUUGGGUCUUCGACAAUGAGGACGGAUGAUGCAGGCACGGCAUCAAUAACCUCCCCUCCGAGCGGCACAGAGAGGCCCAGCGCCCUUCCGACUUCCACCAUCAUCAGCACCAAAGGACCAUUGGACAAUUCCACUUUCCUUAAUGCGACAAUCCCGGUUGGCCAGCUGCCGUUACCCCCGCAAAUCACACCGGGUUGGGGCGUUGCUGGAGUUAUCAUGCUUAUCACGGGCGUCACAUACACAUUGGUCGGCAUCAAGAAUCGUUGGAUUCACACCUUCUUCUCUACCGCCUAUAUCACAGCACUUGGCGUGGCGGUGCUGAUCGUCUAUGUUAUGAACAUUCCCGUUAGCAACGCCAUCCAAGGUGGAUAUGUCGUGGCCGUCAUCAUGUCGGGCUGCGCCGUGGGUGCCGCCUCCAUGUUCUUCAAAGAACUGACAGAAGGUCUGGGAUGCGCCCUGGGAGGGUUUUGUGUGAGCAUGUGGCUCCUGUGUUUGGUGCCAGGGGGCCUCCUACAGUCCGUGCCCUCCAAGGCAAUCUUCAUCGCCGUCUUUACCCUGGUCGGCUUCGGCUUUUACUUCAGCCGUUGGACCCGAGACUGGGCGCUCAUUGGCAUGAUCUCGUUUGCGGGCGCAACAGUCACGGUGCUCGGCAUCGACUGCUACAGCCGUGCAGGGCUAAAAGAGUUUUGGGUUUACAUCUGGCAGAUCAACGGGAACCUCUUUCCCCUCGGCGCCGAUACCUACCCCGUCACUAAGGGCAUCCGGGUCGAGACCGCGGCCAUCGUCAUCAUUGCUCUGGUCGGCAUCAUAUCUCAGAUCAAGCUAUGGAUCAUUGUCAGGGAGAAGCGUGAGAAAAGAGCUGCGGAGCGAGCGGAAGACCAGCGGAACCUCGAAGUCGAAGAAGAAAACGUCGGCAGACAGGUGGAGGAGACCAACGCUCGCGAGCGCCGCCGCUGGGAGCGAGUCCACGGAGAGGGCACCAUCGGUAGUGGAGAGUCUCGCACGUCGGACUACGGAGACUACGGGAGCGAGAAGAGGCUCAGAGGCAGCCACAAUGGCUCGUACAAACCUCGGUCGUCAGCUGAGGUGUACGAGAUGGCUGAUAUCUCCGAGUCGGAAGAGUCGCGCAGCGGACCAAACGCGUUGAUGGAGGCAGAAGAGGCUCAGGAUGGCAAGGUCACAGUACGGGUGGCAGCCGACGAUAUACCCGAGUCGCACACGGACAUUGGCGACGACAUGGACGCAAAGACUGCGACAAUGAGCGAAGGUGCCGCAAUAUCAGGCACUGGGGCCAAGAGACUUUCCCAGCGGACCGCCACAAGCAAGCGUAUAUCACAAGCCCAGACUGUUACCGAAGCACCAGAAGUCGUACCUCUUCCAUUCACGGUUCCAGAAAACAACGACGCCGAGUCCAACUGCGAUAGGUCUUCCGUCGCUACUUUUGCAGACGAGGUGGAAGAUGAGGCACCGAUGCGGCGACAGGUCGAGCGCCCUUCCUUGGCCAACAGGCUCUCACAGGGAUCGGCUACGCUUCUGAGGAGCUUAUCUUCAGGGGCAAGGCGGGGCCAGACGGUCGCGAACCCGGAACACGGCGAGAGCUGCCACGAGCUAGUACAAGAACCGACUCCCGAUGAAGGAGAUGACGAAUCUUUGGCUGCCACUGUCGACAAUGACAGCGUCAGCGGUGCCGACCGCCAAUCAAUAUACUCGGAACACACGCGAAAGAGCGUCGAAAUCAAUGCCGACCUGUCUAAAGAGGACACCGAAGUGGCCGCACACGACAAUUCAAAGGACCUUCCUAAGUAUUCGGCAACAGCAGCGCUGUCUCCUCAGGUCGAAGAAGGGACAGAGGAGCGCCCAGAGGAUGCGAGGGCCGGAAAAGACAACUCAGGCGUAGUGAAUGCGCCCCAAGAUGCCACGAACGACUCGCCUGCAAAUUCGGAGCUCCCUUCGCAGGGAAUUGCUGGAGAGUCGGCGGCGCAGAGCCAGGCGGUGUCCGCGGUUGACCCUGUGCCAGAACCGUCAGAGAAGCAAAAGUCCGUCGCUACGUCAGUCGCAUCGACGCCUGCGAGUCUGACCCAGGAUCGCCUACCGCGGCCGCUGUCGCGCGUGGCCAUGUCUUAUCGGACGAACGAAUGGGUCAAACAUCUGAGCUACGCAGACACGCCGGAGCUGGAUGACUUGCAGGUCAACGAUGCGGGCCGACCGACAAAGACUGUUGCCAAGGAGCGUUCUGUCCCCGUUGACGUGGAAGAACUCCAGAAGACGGCGACGGAGGGAAUAGCUCCGGCUGCGCUGAAGCAGAGUGAACCCCAAGUCUCAAUCAUCUCACACGCCCCCAGUGGUUCGAAGCGGGCAUCAAGGCACGAACACGCUAUGGCUGCUCAAGCAAGCUACCACCCUCAAGAUAACGAAAUUAUCCGAAACGCGACAUCCCCACCGCCGUUGACGGCAUCAUCACCACCUCCCCCUGUCGGCAUCAGCCUGUCUCGAUCGACGUCGUCGAUGGCCUUGCGCAAAGUGUCACCGGGAUUCGACCCCAUCGUGGAGGAGCAGCAGAUGGAGCCGCCCAACGCAGAGCCAAGGCACGAGGAGGCGUCAAGGUCGAGUACAGUGUCGCGGAGCCCGUCGCUUGCCGGCACAGAAGCACCACAGCGCGCCGCGGUACCGGGCGUCGUCUCCUACGCAAGCCCCCAGACGCUGAUUGGGCAGCGCGAGUUGUUCCUGCGAAGCAAAUCGCAGGCGAGCCUCCUCGCGCAAUCGCCCGAGCCUACAUUUGCGGCGCAUGGGCCCGGUAGCGACGGCGGAUCGAUUUAUAACUAUCCCCUUCACGCAUCACAGCUGAACGUUGCUGACCCCGACGAUCUGCCUUUGAGCCAACGGAGGGAGAUUAUGUGCCAGAGCAGUCUUAUGUCCCUGUCCCAGCCGAAUAACUCGGUUCACCGCCUGUCUCAUGUCGGUCAUGAGAGUGCGGAAAGUCUGCCUUUCAACUCUCACCAGCCAAGGAGGUCAUCGGCAUUGCUGACUCGGUCCGCACGGGACUCGCAGCUCGCCAGCUUCCGCCAGUCAGUGCAGCAGGACCUCCGCUCCGGGACGCCCAUCAUGGCUACCUCCGGGCGAGAAUCUCCCUUUACCUCGUCCUCACUUCUAGGCAAUCGCGAGGCUGAAGUGCAGCGGAACAUUGAGAUGCAGCGCAAUGUGCUGAUGGGUCAGAAAGAAGCCGAAGCCCAGCGGAGAGAGAUGCAGCGACGCGAAAAGGAGCAUCUCGAUCGCGCCUUCGACGAGCGCAUGAGGAACGGAGACCUGCUUGAAGUGCACCGCGAGGCGAUGCGCAAGAUGCAAAAGGGGGCCCGCUAG